AUGGCGAAAGAGGUUGUCCAUGUGAUCGAUCUUGAAAGCGGGAACCUGCGCUCGCUCCAGAACGCCAUCGAGCACCUGGGCUAUGAGGUGGAGUUUAUUAGACGUCUAGAAAACGGCUCUUUGAUGCAUGUCCAGAAGCUGAUUCUCCCUGGAGUUGGCAAUUUUGGCCAUUUCGUUCGUGAGCUGCGUGUGCGCGGCUUUGUGGAGCCUCUGAUGGAGUACAUAGACAGUGGCCGCCCGCUUAUGGGUAUCUGCGUUGGGCUACAGACUCUCUUCAGACGGUCAGAAGAGAGUCCAGAAGUACAGGGUCUGGGGCUUGUGGACCUUGAUUUGACCCGGUUCGACGACUCAGACAAGUCUGUACCUGAGAUUGGGUGGAACUGUGUCCGUGUUCUGGGGUCAGAGGACGGCAAGACGCUGUACGCCAUGGAUCCGGGCUCUAGGUUCUAUUUUGUCCAUUCUUACGCAGGAAUCGUUAGCAGCGAGGAUAUCGACCGGUUGCAAAACGAGGGAUGGACCUUGGCUGUGGCUACGUACGGGUCGGAGACCUUUAUUGCAGCCGUGGUGAAGAACAAUAUUUUUGCUACGCAGUUCCACCCAGAAAAGUCAGGAAUUGCUGGUCUCCGACUUAUCGAGUCGUUUCUGAAGCAGGAAAAGAACACAACUAUUGUCAACAAGGCGAUUGACGAGGUUGAGAAGACCCCCACGGGCCUCACGCGCCGUGUGAUUGCUUGUUUGGAUGUCAGAACUAACGAUAACGGCGAUCUCGUUGUCACCAAGGGAGACCAGUACGAUGUUCGAGAAAAAAGCAACGGAGGAGACGUGCGGAACUUGGGAAAACCGGUGGAGAUGGCCGAGAAAUAUUAUCGCCAAGGCGCAGACGAGGUGACGUUCCUCAAUAUCACGUCGUUCAGAAACUCCCCCGUGAAAGACGCUCCUAUGCUCGAAGUGCUCAGACUGGCAGCCAAGACCUGUUUUGUUCCUCUCACAGUUGGAGGAGGAAUCAAGGAUGUGGUUGACCCCGACGGGACUCGCAUACCAGCUCUGGACGUGGCCAGUCUGUAUUUUCGUGCUGGAGCAGACAAGGUUUCGAUAGGCUCAGACGCAGUCAGCGCUGCCGAGAACUUCUAUGCCAACGGCAGUAAGUGCACCGGUACAACCCCAAUAGAGACGAUUUCCAAAGCGUAUGGAAUUCAGGCUGUCGUGAUUUCUGUCGACCCAAAGCGAAAGUACGUUGCCGAUCCUGAAAAGUGCAGCUACAACUGCAUUGAGACGAAAUUCCCAGGGCCGCUCGGAGAAAAAUACUGCUAUUACCAGGUGACUUCGCAGGGAGGCCGUAAAGUCCAUCAGCUGGGCGCAUACGAGCUUUGCCAGGCCUGCGAAAAACUGGGAGCUGGAGAGGUGCUGCUCAACUGCAUAGAUAAGGACGGAACGAAUUCCGGUUAUGACUUCGAGCUGAUAAACCAGAUCAAGAGCGCAGUGUCGAUUCCCGUGAUAGCUUCCAGUGGAGCAGGAAGACCGGAGCACUUCGAGCAAGUUUUCAAAAAUACGUCCGUGGACGCUGCUUUGGGAGCAGGCAUGUUCCACCGCGGCGAGUACACUGUCAGACAGGUCAAGGAGUACAUGAGAGAACACGGUCUGUGUGUGCGCUUAGACGAGCAGAUGGAAUGA